CUAAGCAAAUAUAAUAAUAGAAAUACAUUAGAAACUUUAAAAUUGUUUAAAUCACAAAAUAAAACGUUUGGGUUUUAUAUCCCUUUAAGGGUCAUACUUUGUGUCUGUUCAUAUACAUUUUCACUGUGUUCAUUUGAGAAGUUUGAUUGUAUGAUAUAAACCUGUUCUUUUUUUUUUUUAAAGCAACAAAUGGACUUUGAUCAAGUUAAAGUUUAUUUCUCUGAAGAUGAGUGGGAUGGUUCAUUUGAAGAACAAAGAGAGCUGUAUACGGAUCUGUCACUAGUGAAUUACCAGACUCUCGGGUGUCUAGUAAAAGUCCGUAAGACAAAAGAUGGUCAAAAGUGGAAGGUACGAGAGCGAGCAGAGAGAUACACGCCGGAAGAGAAAGCCGUCCUGAUCAGAGAAGUGAUGGCCAGGGAGGACAUAUUAUGGAACAAGAAUCCUUCUUCCAGGGAGAGGACCAAGGCUUGGCGUGAGAUCACAGCGGUGGUGUGCCGGGCGGGGCGCUUCCGGACUGUCUCCUCCGUAAAGCACAGGUUCCAGGACUGUAGAUUGGAUGUCAAGAAAAAGAUGGAACAGGAAGCAGCUGGCAAAGAGGUGAAAUUUGCCCCCUGGGAGAAACAGCUGAAGCGUCACUUGAUCAGGACUACAGCAGUAGAGGCAGGAGAGCAGUCGUCCCAGCAGUCUGAUGCAUCACGCACCAGACGGGAUUGUGUCACCAAAAAGAUAAAUAUGCAUUUCACAACGGCGAAUCCGCAGGGAGUUCUCAAGCAGCAUUUGGCACAUGUGAUGGUGAUGGACACAGGUGGGCAUUCCACACAUCAUUCUGAAGAGGAGGAAUGUCAAGAAGCAGAACAAUCAGAAUUGCUACAGGAGAUGUUUGAGCAGGACACAGAUAGCAUCUCCAUAAGUAUGGAGAGAUAUCAUGACCUGUACCAAUGUAUUGAUAAACCUUCAACACCUCUCCAGGAACUACAGCAAGUAGAUCGAAUAUCACCUAUGCCACCUCCUAAACAAGACCAUUAUAUUGAUUAUCCUUUACCCCCUCUUAAAGAACGCAAGACAGACAUUCACCCAUCACCUGUUCCACCUUCUAAACAAAACCAUUGUAUUAAUCAUUAUUUACUACCUCUUAAGGAACUAAAGCAAGAACAUCACCCAUCAACUGUACCAACCUCUAAACAAAACCAUUGUAUGGAUCAUCCUUUACUGCCUCUUCAGGAACCCAAGCAAGAACAUCACCCAUCAAUUGUACCAACUUCUAAACAAAACCAUUCUAUUAGUCAUCCUUUACUACCUCUUCAGGAACCCAAGCAAGAACAUUACCCAUCAACUGUACCAACUUGUAAACAAAACUAUUGUAUUGAUCGUUCUUUACUGCCUCUUCAGGAACCCAAGCAAGAAGUUGGCCAUUCACCUGUACGACCUCCUAAACAUAACCAUUGUAUUGAUCGAACUUUACCACCUUUCCAGGAAACCAGGCACGAAGCUCUGUCAUCACUUGUGCUACCCCCUAGUCUCCAGCAACAUCUGACAUCUAAUCGCUUGCAGUCUUCGACACCUCCUAGUCUCCAACAACCUCAGACAAUUCAGAGUCUCCCGCAGCCUCUGAUGCCUAAUCUUUUACAGUCUCUGGCAACUCCUAGCCUUUCACAACCUGUUACACCUCCUCCACCGCCUCUGUUAGGUUUUUCCAUGCCACCACCUUUCCCACUCCCCCCUGCGGAACCAUCUGUAACCCAUGAGCCCCCACCAACAUCAGCGGUAGUAAGACAGCUGAAGCUCCUCCGCCAAGAGAAACAGAGGGAGAUCAGGUGGCAGAAACGCAUCUAUGUCCAGACACAAAAUAUGACAGACCAAAUGUCAACAAUGACUGACCUUCUAAAGCAGUUGGUAACACAUAUUGCCCGGAGCUCCCCCAUCAACUCUAGUUGGAGUUCGUGUACUGAAAACCCUGCCUUAGCAUCUCCAAAUAUACAAUAUGUCAAACGUCGGCUAAAAAGAGAGGCUUCUCAUUCGAUACAUAAAAAAUACAAUCACAAAAAAAAUUAGAAAAAAUGUACCGAACGAAAGUACCAACUGGGGAAAUUUGACUGUUACAUUGCUGUUUAUAGGAACAUAGAAAUGACUGAAAUAUAAUAAUGCACUGCACUAGCAAUUUGUGAUUUAAUAUUUUGAAAAAUAAUGUAUUUUUGAGGGUUAUACUUUUUUUUCUUUUAAAUUUGCAAUGGAUCAUCCUAAUGCCAUCUCUCCAAAAGAGUAAAAGUGUUUAAAAUGAGCAGAUUAUUUCACCAGCGGAGCAGAGGAAGAGUGUCUGUGUCUGCUUGUUUUGUAUAUUGUUAAUGUGUAGGAUUUUCUUUAAUAUAUUAUUUGUGUGGACAUAUUAUACUUACUAUCCCUUUUUAUUUAUUUGUUUAAAGACUCAAAACUGAAAUAUGUUUUACAUUGUUCUGUUUAGUGCUGUUAUACAACCUUUUCAGUUCAACCUUUCUUUUGACCAGUAGGGAUAUGAAUAGUUGACUAUAGUUGAAUAGUUAAUAUCAUACUUAUAAACAAACACAUCUGAAACAAACAAUGGUUGACCAAUAUUAUAUAUAUCCCUAGUAACAUUAUGCAGUGACAUACAUAAAGGAUCGGUUCUACGCAAAAGUUUCAUCCGUCGUUUAGGCUCCACCCACUAGUGCUUAUUGGUCUGAUGGUGAGAAUGAACAUUUUUGUGAUUGUAAUUUUUUUGACAUGGCAUAAUUUUUGAAAAACAUACCUAGGUAGCCUCAGGAACAAAAAUGCACUAAUGGAAGCAAGCUGGUGAUUGGUUGGUACACUGUUAUGCCUCGUGUCAUUGGUUCACCAGAUACGUUCAUCUACCUCCCAGCAAUGCAUUGCUGCUCUGGAGGCGAUUUUGCAAUAAUGCAACAAUAGUCUUAUCUUUUUCUUUUCCCAUUUUGUGUGCACUGUUCUGAUACAUUUUUGUUUUCUUGAAAUAUGAAAUAAACUCCCUCAAAAAGCA